AAAACAAGUAGACCAGUAAAGCUUUACAUAGUUCUCAUACUAUAAAAAGAGCAUCACAAAGGACACUGCUUCACACCCUCCUAUUUCAAUACAGUGAAACAAACUGAAGGUAUAAACAUGAAAUUGUUUCGCACUACGUUACUACUUGCCACCGCUGCGGCGAUGGCAAUGGCCGCUUCUUCUAGUUCCAUGAUGGAGAUGUGCUCUGAAUCCAACAAUAAAGGCAAGUGCCAUGGCCUGAGCAAAGAUAUUGACACGAAACGACACUGCAACCUCAGUGGCAGUGACAAGUGUUCAACUUCUCACUGUUGCAAGGAUAAACACCACGGUCAUGAUGAUGAUGAUGAGGAUGAUGAUGAUGUCAAGAUGAAGUGCUCUGACGAUACCAAUCAAGGCAAGUGUAAGGGCAUGGGAAAGAAGGUGGAUAAGCACAGACACUGCUUCCGAUAUGGUGAUGAUAAGUGUGCCAGCUCACACUGCUGCAUGGACCAUGACGAUGGCAAGCAUCAUGAAGACGAUGAUGAUGAGAUGAUGUGCCACAAGGAUAACAACCAAGGCAAGUGCAAGAGCUUGGGCAAGAUGAUUGACGAGCACGCGCACUGCAGCAGAUAUGGUGAUGGCAAGUGUGCCAGUUCUCAUUGCUGCAAGGACCACGACAAGGAUCAUGAGAAGGACCAUGACAAGCACGAGAAGGAUCAUGACAUGUAUGAGAAGGACCACGACACGUAUGAGAAGGACCAUGACAUGCAUGAGAAGGACAACGACACGUAUGAGAAGGACCACGACACGUAUGAGAAGGACCAUGACAUGCAUGAGAAGGACAACGACACGUAUGAGAAGGACCAUGACAUGCAUGAGAAGGAUCAUGAUAUGGAUGAGAAGGAUCAUGACAUGGACCAUGAGAAGGACCAUGGCGAAGACGAUGAUGCCAAGCAUCAUGGUGGUGACAAGUAUUGAAGAUAGAAAUGAUCAGCACCAUACGGAAUGUCCGGUGAUGACAGGCUAUCUUCAUUUCACAUAGUUGGUACCAAACUCAUCUGCGGCGUUGCAGGAAUAUAUAUAUAUAUAUAUAUAUAUAUAUAUAAUAUGUAUAUAUAGUAAAAACUUCGGAAAAUAUCUGAUUGCAAACAUACAUGCCUACUUUAGUAUAGUUCACGCCGAUCUAUCAAACUUGAUCUUUAAAAGCAU